UGCCAAGCACGCAAUUUAUUUUCGCGCGAAAGGUAGAAAGUGCAGCCACGUAAUCCUUUGUACUAGACAACUUUUUUUUUUUUUGUUAGCUAGCUACGUGUAAAAGAUAACUAUAUAUAUUACUACACUACAGCGUAUCUUCGUUUAUAUUAAACUGCUUGAAAUUUGAUCAACUUGCCCGUUCGACUUUUAUCAGACGAGCGGCUGUCUCUUUUCUGUCUGCAAUUAUGGUCCGCUACUUUACAAGAUUGAGAGUGAGACGUAUCUACAAAUGGGGCGGAAGACCUUAUAUCUUCGACAGAAAAUUAAAGAGUUAUGGCUUUGAGUACUUGAACAUGAGCGUGGAGGGUCAGGAGGCAGUCACCACUGUAACACCUGGCCAGUACAUCCUCAUUGAGGGAAAUGAUGAUGAAUACCCCUUCGUUGCCAAGCUUCUCAAGUUCUUUGGCGAUGAGUCCCACAAGCAGAAGAAGGCGCUGGUGCAGUGGUUCUUGCGCAUGUCUGAGGUGCCCCAAAAUAAGAAGUUGUUGCUGGGCAGGAGCCCCCAUCCCCAGGAGAUCUUCUACUACCUGGGACAUGCCUGUGACGAUGAGAUUGACGCAGAAUCCAUCCUUGGCACUGUACAUGUCCAGCACGUCCCUGAAGAUACUCCUUUUCCAGAGCCUGGAACCAAGGACACCCUCUAUGUAAAGCUGUCCUGGGACACCAAGGCCUUCAAUGUCUUAGACCCUGUCCUGAUGCAGGAUAUCCCUGCCUCAACCCCCCCCCCCCCUGUGUCUCGGGGCCUGGUGCGUCGUGCCCUGCCCACCCCAGACCCCACAGUGAUGAGGAGAGCAGGGUCUGUGUCUGACACUAGAGCCACCAUGAGUGCCGGGAAGAGGAGUACCCUUGAGGCAGAGUCGAUCCACUCUGCCUCCAAGCUCUCUGCCUCUAAAAUCCUGAGCGCCAAGAGGAGGGGCAGCGCUGCAGACACACCGGGUGUACGCAAGAAACUACAGCUCAGCAUCGGGGCCAGUCCAGGGAAGAGAAUGACCAGAGCAGAUGUCCUCUGUGAGCUCUUGGAUGAAGAGAUGGAGUCAGAGAAAGUUAUAUCCCUCAAACUGAGCUCCUCAGUUUCACACUCCCUCCAGCAUGGCUGCAGCCUCUCUCCCAUGAGAAGUGGCUGCAAGACCCCUAACGGCCAGAGGAGGUUCCCCUGGAAGCUCUCCUCCAUCAGCCUGGACAGACUGUCUCCUACUGCCCUGGGAGAACAGGACUUAUCCAGUGACCUGUUGCUGGCAGUGAUUCCCCUGGCCCUAGAGGAUGAGGUAUUUGAGGCAGGGUUACCUACAGACGCUGGCUCUGCCAACACCCCCAAGAAGAGACAGGCCACCCCCAGGAGGAACUAUGUUAGGGGACAGAAAGCUACCACCCCCUCCAGGAGGAAAGAGUCUGCCAUGGCCAUUAGAGAGCCUGCUCUGGGGGUGCUGGCGGAGGAGGACUCUGAGGAUUCUCCCAUGCAGCAGAUUGCCUUGACUUCUCGCUCCAAGAGGAAGUCAGCCCAGCUGGUGUCGUUACGCAUCAGGAAGCAGUUGAAUCUGUUGGACAAUACCCAAGAGCUGAUCUCCGAUGGCGAUGAUGACUGUUUCGUUCCCUCCAAUAAGGACCUACAGAGCAGCAGCGAUGAAGAGAAGACCGAUAGUGAGGAAGAGACCAUGGUGAAGAAGACCAGAGGAAGAAAUUGCAAGACCUCUGUCAGGACCCCACACAAAACGCCCAGCAAGAAGGUAUGUAUGGCUGUGGACCUACAGAGCAGCAGCGAUGAAGAGAAGACCGAUAGUGAGGAAGAAACCAUGGUGAAGAAGACCAGAGGAAGAAAUUGCAAGACCUCUGUCAGGACCCCACACAAAACGCCCAGCAAGAAGGUAUGUAUGGCUGUGGACCUACAGAGCAGCAGCGAUGAAGAGAAGACUGAUAGUGAGGAAGAGACCAUGGUGAAGAAGACCAGAGGAAGAAAUUGCAAGACCUCCGUCAGGACCCCACACAAAACACCCAGCAAGAAGGUAUAUAUGGCUGUGGACCUACAGAGCAGCAGCGAUGAAGAGAAGACCGAUAGUGAGGAAGAGACCAUGGUGAAGAAGACCAGAGGAAGAAAUUGCAAGACCUCUGUCAGGACCCCACACAAAACGCCCAGCAAGAAGGUAUGUAUGGCUGUGGACCUACAGAGCAGCAGCGAUGAAGAGAAGACCGAUAGUGAGGAAGAGACCAUGGUGAAGAAGACCAGAGGAAGAAAUUGCAAGACCGCCGUCAGGACCCCACACAAAACACCCAGCAAGAAGGUCACCCCAAGUACCCCCCGUCAUGCCACUCCCAAUAUUCCCAGCCGGACUGUUCCAGCCAGGCAGCCUGGGAACAUCCUGGAGGAGGCCAGGGCUAGGCUGCAUGUGUCGUCAGUACCAGAGUCUCUUCCCUGUAGGGAGCAGGAGUUCCAGGAUAUCUAUAAUUUUGUGGAGAGCAAGGUUAUGGAUGGGACCGGAGGGUGUAUGUACAUCUCUGGUGUUCCGGGAACUGGGAAAACCGCCACCAUCCACGAGGUUAUCCGGUGUCUACAGCACGCCUCUGAUAUGGAUGAAAUCCCCACGUUCCGAUUCAUCGAGAUCAACGGCAUGAAAAUGACCGACCCUCACCAAGCCUACGUCCAGAUUCUACAGAAACUGACGGACCAGAAGGUGACCGCUGACCACGCCGCAGCCCUAUUGGAGAAGAGGUUCAGUAAACCCGCCCCCAAGAAGGAGACCACCGUGCUACUGGUGGACGAGCUGGACCUUCUGUGGACCAGGAAGCAGAAUGUAAUGUACAACCUGUUUGAUUGGCCGACAAGGCGCCACGCCCGCCUGGUGGUGCUGACCAUCGCCAACACCAUGGACCUUCCUGAGCGGAUCAUGAUCAACAGGGUGGCCAGCAGACUGGGCCUGACCAGGAUGUCGUUCCAGCCGUACAGCUUCAAGCAGCUGCAGCAGAUCAUCACGUCCAGACUGAACACGGUCAAGGCCUUCGAGGAGGACGCUUUGCAGCUGGUCUCCAGAAAGGUGGCAGCGUUGUCAGGAGACGCCCGGCGCUGUCUGGACAUCUGUCGCCGUGCCACUGAGAUUUGCGAACACUCCGCCUCGCAGCCGUCCUCCGCGGGAUUGGUGAGAAUGAGUCAUGUGAUGGAGGCGCUGGAUGAGAUGUUCUCCUCCUCCUACAUCACGGCCAUUAGGUGUGCAUCGUUGCAGGAACAGCUCUUCCUGAGGGCGGUCAUUGCUGAGUUUAGGCGACUGGGACUGGAGGAGGCCACCUUCCAACAGGUGUUUGUGCAGCACCGGGCUCUGAGUCGUGUGGAGGGCCUGCAGCCCAUCAGUGUGUCCGAGGGUCUGGCCGUGUGUCAGCGUCUGGGUGCGUGUCGUCUGCUGCUGCUGGAGGCCAGCCGUCUAGACAUGCUACAGCGGGUCAGACUCAACGUCAGCCAGGAUGACGUGCUCUACGCACUCAAAGCUGUCAGAGACUGAGGACCACCAGAGGUCCUAAGGUACAGGGGGGAGGAUCAGGCUCUUUUUGGGACCUAGAAGGGAACCUGCUCCAUCACUACCAGUGAACUUGGUCAGUUUGAUAACUACAACUCAUCAGGACCACCGUUGGACCACACAGUCCCACGCCUCAACCACAGCCAAUACUACUGUACCUCUCAGGACCGGGAAUCCCACUGACACCUUGUCUGUCCACGGUGGGUCUUUUUAGAGGCUCAGUUUGGUUUGAUGCAGUCUUCUGAGAGGUUUUAGGAAAUCUUCUGUUUUGGUGUUCUUUUACAAAUGAUUUUCAAUGUCACUGUUGUCAGCUCUUGAUGGAGAAACUGCAGUGCAUUUGAACAUUUUAUGGAGGUCUGUCAUAAUUCAAGAACACAAAUCAUGAUUUCUAUUAUAUUGGUUUUACAUUUGUUUACUGAAAAUUGCCCUUGUUACAAAAGGAUAUUUAGAUCUGGUUUUAACUCAUUGUGUUGAUGGGAGGAGAGCCAACUUCCCAUCACAGUUAGCAAUUUGACUUUCCUCUUUAUCUGUAUUCAAUAAUUUUUAAUGUUGCUCUUGUUGGUUUUAGGAUGUUCAUUAUUGUUGUGUGAAUAUUGUAUCUACAAAAGUAAUAAAGAUAUUUAAUAACAA